UACGCCGCGGAGAUCGCGAGCGCCCUGGACCACGUCCACGCGCGCGGCUUCGUGCUCCGCGGCCUCUGCCCCGAGGCCGUGUCCCUCGACGUGUUAGGCCACGCGAAGCUGUCGUCGUUCCAGCUCGCGGCGCCCGUCGACGGCGAGUCCCGGUCGCGGGCCGUCGGCGUGCCCGAGUACCGCGCGCCGGAGAUGGUCCGCCAGCUGCCCUACGGCGUCGGCGUCGACCGGUGGGCGCUGGGGGUGUUAGUGUUCGAGAUGCUCGCGGGACACGCGCCGUUCCUCGGCGGCAGCCGCGAGGAGCUCGAGACGCUGAUCCUCAAGGGGGUCGUGGAUUACGAGGACAUGACGGCGACGAGGCGGCAGCGGGUCUCCGGGGACGCGCGGGACCUCGUCGCGGCGCUGACGCGCCUGGAACCCGCGGCCCGG